AUGGACUCUCUAGCAAAAUCAAUCAACCAAUUUGCCUUAGAGUUUAGCAAAAAGCUUGCUGAAUCUGACAAGGGUAAAAAUAUCUUCUUUUCUCCCUGGAGCAUCUCCACUGCCUUGGCCAUGGUAUACUUUGGCACCAGAGGGACUACGGCCUCCCAGAUGGCACAGGUGCUUCAAUUUAGCAGAGACCAGGACACCAAGACCGGUCCUGACAGUGAAAAGAAAAGGAAAAUGGAAUUCAGCUCAGGCAAGGCUGAUGAAAUACACUCUGAUUUCCAGAAACUUAUCUCAGAAAUCAACAAUUCCAGCAAUGCCAACAUACUUAAAACAGCCAAUGGGAUAUACGGGGAGAAAAGUUACCCAUUUCACAAUAAAUAUUUAGAAGACAUGAAAACAUACUUUGGUGCAGAACCACAAUCUGUUAACUUUGUAGAAGAUUCUGACCAAAUCAGAAAGGACAUCAACUCUUGGGUUGAGAGUCAGACCCAGGGUAAAAUCCAGAACCUUUUACCUGAAGAUGCUGUGGAUGCUGCAACCAGAAUGAUUCUGGUGAAUGCCCUGUACUUUAAAGGAAUCUGGGAAUAUCCAUUCUUAGCCCAAGACACUACAGAAAAACCUUUCAGAAUAAACAAGACUACAAGCAAACCUGUGCAAAUGAUGUCGAUGAAGAAAAAACUUCAAGUGUUUCACAUCGAAAAGCCGAAAGCCACAGGCCUUCAACUCUACUAUGAGAACCAAGACUUCAGCCUGUUCGUCCUCCUGCCGGAAGACUUUGGUGGGCUGGAGCAGCUGGAGAAGGACAUCACCUACGAGAAACUGAGAGAGUGGAGCAGCGAAGACAUGAUGGAGGCAUAUGACGUCCGGCUGCACCUGCCCAAGUUCAAGCUGGAGGAGACUUACGAUCUCAAGUCUAUCCUGAGCAGCAUGGGGAUGAGCAAUGCCUUUAUCCAGGGCAAAGCUGAUUUCUCAGGAAUGUCUGGGGAGAGAAACCUAUAUCUGUCCAAUGUUUUCCACAAGGCUUUUGUGGAAAUAAAUGAGCAAGGUACCGAGGCUGCAGCUGCCACUGGAAGCGAGGUGGGUUUCCGAAUUAGACUCCCCUCCAUUGAAUUCAAUGCAGACCACCCGUUCCUCUUUUUCAUCAAGCACAACAAGACAGACAGCAUUCUCUUCUUUGGGAGAUUCAGCUCUCCCUAAUCCCUGCAUCUCACUCACCAACAAGGUAGAAAAAGGCACCAUAAGAUGGAAAAUACACAAUGAAAAUAAAAACCGGUUGGUUCCCUGGAUCUCUUCUCGUUUGAAUAUUAGCA